UUACAAAAUCUAAACAUGGCUUCCUCUCUACUCCUUUCCUUUCUCCUAUACUCGCUGAUUCUUCAAUCCGUCGGUGUUGUAGCUCAAACCAAUAGUACUAUAGCCAUUGGUGAUUCUUUUACUGCUGAAACCAGCAACUCUACAUGGUUACUUUCACCUUCUGGUGACUUUGCCUUUGGUUUUCUUCCAAUACAAGACACUGACCUUUUUUUGCUUUCCAUUUGGUAUGCAAAAAUUCCUGAAAAAACUGUUGUGUGGUAUGCUAAUAGAGAAAUUCCUGCACCAAAAGGUUCAAAAGUGGAACUCAAUGCCGAUGAUGGGUUGGUGCUAACUUCUCCAAAUGGUGUCGGGUUAUGGAAUACUACUGAGGAACUUAGUGCUAAAGUUUCCCAUGGUGUGUUCAACGAUACUGGUAACUUUGUGCUCGAGGGUGGUGGUUGGGAGACUUUCAAGUAUCCUAGUGACACCUUGUUGCCUUCUCAGUUUCUUCAAAAAGGUGGAAGCCUUUCUUCAAGGCUUAAGGAGUCAAAUUUCAGUAAAGGAAGGUUUGAGCUUGUUUUACAAAAUGAUGGUAAUCUUGUUAUUCAUUCUAUUAAUUUACCAUCUGGUAGUGCUAAUGAAAACUACUAUGAAAGUGGAACUGUGGAAUCCAAUACUUCAAGUGCUGGAACUCAAUUGGUCUUUGACAGAUCAGGGUACUUGUAUGUCUUGGGAGAGAACAAUGAGAAAUACAAUGUGUCAGAGCAAGAGAGUAAAGUCUCUACCACUGAAUUUUAUGUUAGGGCAACUCUUAAUUUUGAUGGAGUGUUCACACUUUACAAGUAUCCCAAGAAUUCAACUGAGAGUGAUGUUUGGACCAUAGUGUGGUCUAAACCUGAUAAUAUAUGUAAUUAUAUUGCUAAUGAAGGGAGUGGUGUUUGUGGAUAUAAUAGCUUCUGCACUUUGGGAGUUGAUAAGAGACCAACAUGUCAGUGUCCAAAACGAUACUCACUGGUUGAUCCUGAUGAUCCACUUGGUAGCUGCAAGCCAGACUUCAUACAAGGAUGUGCAGAAGAUGAACUAAGUAAAAACAGAAAUGAUCUCUAUGAGUUUGAGACUUUGACUGACAUUGAUUGGCCUAUGUCAGAUUCUGUGCUUCAAAAGCCUUUUACUGAAGAUCAAUGUAUGAAAGCUUGUAUGGAAGAUUGCUUUUGUUCUGUGGCUAUUUUCAGGUUAGGUGAUAGUUGCUGGAAAAAGAAGUUACCACUCUCAAAUGGGAAAUAUGAUCCAACUCUUGAUGGUGCUAAGGCCUUUUUGAAAGUUAGAAUACAUAAUACCUCCAUUGCUAUCUUUCCUCCAAAUUCAAAUUCAACAAUUGUGAACAAGAUCAAUAAUAGAGAAACUUGGGUUUUGGUUGGUUCUGUGCUUUUGGGUAGCUCUACUAUUCUCAAUGUUGUAUUCAUUGUAGCAAUAUGUGUUUGUACCUCCUUCAUUUUUCAGUACAAGAAGAAGCUUAGAAGAGUUAGCAAAAGUGACACUUCUGUUGAAACCAAUUUGCGUUGCUUCACUUAUGAAGAGCUUGAAGAAGCUACCAAUGGAUUUGACAAAGAGCUAGGAAGGGGAGCUUUUGGAAUAGUUUACGAAGGAGUCAUCAACAACAACACAACUUGCAAAACUCGCGUGGCAGUGAAGAAGUUGAACAGUUUUCUGUUGGAUCAAGCUCAUCGGGAAUUCAGGAAUGAGCUGAAUGUCAUUGGUCUCACUCAUCACAAGAACUUGGUUCGUUUACUUGGAUUUUGCGGGAGUGGAAGUGAAAGAUUGCUUGUUUAUGAGUACAUGAGCAAUAGCACUUUGGCAAGUUUUCUUUUCAAUGAAGAAAAACAGAAGCCAAAUUGGAAACUAAGGCUAGAACUUGCAAUAGGAAUAGCUAGAGGACUUGUGUAUUUACAUGAAGAGUGCAUCACUAGGAUUAUCCAUUGUGACAUAAAGCCUCAAAACAUACUCCUGGAUGAUUAUUUCAAUGCAAGAAUUUCUGAUUUUGGAUUAGCCAAGUUGUUGAACAUGAAUCAAAGCAAAACCAACACUGGCAUAAGAGGAACAAAAGGGUAUGUUGCACUUGAAUGGUUUAAAAACAUGCCUAUCACAGCUAAGGUGGAUGUGUAUAGUUAUGGUGUAGUGCUACUUGAGAUAAUUUCAUGUAGAAAAUGUGUUGAAGAAAUGGAUGAAGAAGAUGAAGACAAAGCAAUUUUAACUGAUUGGGCUUAUGAUUGCUACAAAGAUGGUGCUUUAUGUGCAUUGGUUGAGGGUGACAAUGAAGCAUUGGAGGACAAGGAAAAUUUGGAGAAAUUGGUAAUGAUUGCUCUUUGGUGUGUUCAAGAGGAUCCAUAUCUUAGACCAAACAUGAGAGAUGUGGUACAUAUGCUUGAAGGUACUGUUGAAGUGCAAGUUCCACCAUACCCCUCACAAAUUAGUAUUCAAUAUUCUCUAAAUUAAUAAGUCUGUAAGCUAAGAUUGGCAACUUGUGCUAAUACUUGUUGUGCUCUUUUCUAAGAUUGACAACUUGUGCUGAUACUUGUUGUGCUCUUUUAAGUGUACCGUAAUAUUUGCAUUUAUUUUUGUGUAUCAAGAUGUUGUUUCCAUAUUAUGGUAGGUUCCAAUAUUAGUUCAUCUCCACGUACCCCUCAAUCAUAUGUUGUUCAUCUCCACGUACCACACACUAUGCAGUUGUCCUUCGGAUUAUUCAAUAUAUCAAGGGUACCUUAUUUUAUGA